GUGUCUGGCGACGCGUGGAUUAGCACAGCUUGCGCAACACUUUGUAUAAAUUUGCAGCGCCAUCAGCGGCAGCGGCAAUUGGCAUUUUUAACCCUAACAACACUGACCAACUUUAAAAUGAAGCUAGUCUUAGUCUUAGGACUUUUCGUUAUAAUUGCUUUGACAGAUGCGCGGCGUAUCCCUGGCAAAAAGGGCGAACACAAGGAUGAAAGUCUUAAAGUAGCCGAUCAGGAGAUUGCUGCUUCUGGAUCCGACAAAAAGGAAGCGAAACAAAACCACGAUUUUAAAAGAGGCGGCGGAAAGGAACACCACGCCAAUCAUCAUAACGAACAUGGUGAAAAAGGCGAAAAGGGAUACAAAGGUCAUCAUCAUCAUGAAGAGGGCAAGAAAGGACACCAUGAUAAGGAGCAACAUAAGGGUGAAUAUGAUGAUCACGGAAGUCAUGAGGAAGAACAUCAUGACGAAGGAGGUCACUAUGAUGAACAUCAUAAGGGUGAAAAGGGUGAGAAAGGCCAUAAAUACGAAGAAAAGGGACAUUAUAACAAGGGGCAUUCGACAAAAGGACACCACGAAGUACAUAAACUUGACGAGUUCAAGAAAGACAAACAUUUCUUCGACGAAGAAGGAGAUUCUGCCCAUGAAGAGAAACACGGCGGCUUCCACGAGGAGCACGGACACAAAAAAGGAGGUCACUAUAAGAAGGGGCACCAUCAUGGCGACCAUGUGGAACAUGAGCAUGGCGAGAAGGGUCAUCAUGAGAAGGGAGGCCAUCAUGAGGUACAUAAGGGCCAUAAAGAGUCAGCCGGUCACGAUGAUCAUUAUCAUCAUCAUCACGAUCACGCUAAGAAAGGUGGCCAUGACCAUCACAAGAAAUGGGGGUACAAAAAAGGACAGUAAAUUUAUUUCGCGGAGGAUUUCCUUGGACAAUAGUUUUUUGCUUGGGACCAACGAUUUUUUAAAUUUA